AUGCAUCUUCGGAGGGGCACCUUGUUUGAUGUUGUGUGUCAGCGGAGCCAGCCUCUGUGCCAGCAAGUCCAGAGUUCGCAUGGGGAGAGUCCGAAGAAGGAAGCUCCAGCCUACAGUGAGCCGAAAAAGAAAGCCAAGCAUGCCCAGGCGGAGAUCAGCGAGAUUUCCAAGAAGGCUGUGCAUGCCCAUGCCAAGAAGAAGGCCGCGGAUUCCCCGGACACCAGUGCAAAGUCUGCGAACAAGAAGGCCAGGAAGAAGGCCGAGGAGUGUCCCGAGAUCAGUGCCAAGCCCAAGGCCACGACCAAGACGAAAGCGGCACAAAGAUUGUACAUACCGGCAUCGUUUGACAUUCGAAGGCCGACCAUGUCGAGCAACGUGCAGGAGGGUAGCCAGGGGCAGAGCUUUGCGAUGGCUGCCAUGGUGUCCCGUGUCCUCAACAUCGUACAGGGGGUAGAGUCUUUGUGGCAUGGAGAAGAGGAGUGGUCAUAUUUGCAGCUGAUGGUGAUCUCGGUGAGUCUCUUCGCCGCGCUGAGGGGUGGCCACCGCUCCUGUGCCUUUGCCAGAGUUCGUGCUCCGGCACAAGCCAAGCCGACGCACUUCGUGGCAUUCAGACUGCCUCAUGCAGACCUUUGGCGACGAGUAGAGCUGCUACAGGAGGAGAUCAGCCUCAAUACGUCGCAGCUUGUCGCGAAGCCGGAGGAUCUGUCGGAGGAGGAGUGGGCCCAGGGCUUCCGCUCUUGCGCCUACCCGCCCUCGAGGCUGCAUUUCAGCCUUUCCGUGAUGAGUCUUCCCACGAAGGAGAGGCUCGACUCUGCGAAGGACGUUUUGACGAGCUGGUUUAGCGACCAAAUCCGGCCUAUGCUCUCCGGCCGUCGGGAGCUGCUUGUCGAUCUCAUCGGGCUUGGGUCAUUUGGCGAACGCGUGGUUUUCAUCAGGGCGGAUGACUCGAGCAUGGCCGAGAUGGGGUCUGCGGCUGCCAGCCUGAACAAGAGCUUGGUAGCAGCUGACCUCACCGAUGGCAAGUACAAGUUUAAUGCUCACGCCACGAUCCUCAAGCGGCCACACCGGCCGCCAAAGAAGUGGAGCAAAGAGUGGCACAGGAAGCUUCUGAAAAUCCCUCAGCAGGCCUGGUCCUCGGCGUUGGACUUGAACUUCGGCAGGUACGCAGUGAGCGAGGUACAGCUUCUAGAUAUGAGGAAGCCCAAAGACGGCUACUUCGCUGUGGACUGGGAACAAAGCUUCCGGGACGAGUAG